AUGCAUGCAGCAAAAUACUUUAUUCAUCUUAACAAUAUUUAUCUUCCGAGAAAAAUCGCUGUAAAGAAUAUAGCGAGUGGGGUUUGAACCCACGAGGACUUAGCGUCCAUUGGAUCUUAAGUCCAACGCCUUAACCACUCGGCCAUCGCUGCUCCGCCUUAACGUAUAUUUUCUUUCUACAUAAGCAUCACUUUGUCCAAGUAAAGGAUUGAAAAAUCUCAUCGUUUCGAAAGUUCAGCUUAUAAACUUCACAUUUACUUCUGUUGCGAGUUGAGAAAUGCAUGCCGAAAAGAACCGAAUCGAAGCUUAAUAAACGCAAAACUGAGCAAAUGUGAUACAACUUCGAAGUUAUAUGUAAUUCAAAUUCAAAUUCGAAUUCAUAUAUUACGAAAUACAUCAGCGAUGUGGGCGUCAGUGGUGUAA